UCAGAAUUAUAACACGAUUCUUCACACGAAUGAGGAUUUGAGACCGUCAUUCAUUGGCUGCAGCGCUGCUGUAAAGACAAAGAGAUUUUGUGCAGAAAGGAGAGAGAGGAAGGUAGAGAGAGGGAGAGAAAGGUAGAGAGAGAGAGGGGGAGGGAGGGAGAGAGAGAGAGGAGGGGGUUCAGCAGAGUCAACACUCCUCUGUGAAGUUUUCUCUUUCGGCUUUCUCUCAAACUUUCCUCGCGUCGCUCUCCUCUGGGACUCUGGAGGAUUUUAACCCUGCAAACAUGACACCGUGGAGCUUCCUGCUGCUUUUGGGGCUUUUAUUUUGUGAACCGUUCUCUCUGAUAAACGGAGCAGAGCAGCGGACCUCUGAAGACAAACUUCUUGUUCUGACAGUUGCGACCAAAGAGACGGACGGCUUCGGGCGGUUCAUGAGGUCGGCUAAACAUUUUAACUACACUGUCAAGGUCCUUGGCCGAGGUCAGACGUGGACAGGAGGUGACUACAUGUCAGCUCCAGGAGGAGGUCAGAAGGUCCGACUCCUGAAAGAAGCUCUGGAGGAGAUGAAGACGGAGGAUAAGAUCAUCCUUUUUAUCGACAGCUACGAUGUGGUUUUCGCCUCGGGUCCCAAAGAGCUGCUGAAGAAGUUCAAGCAGGCCAAACACAAAGUGGUUUUCUCCUCCGAGUCCCUGAUCUGGCCCGACAGACACCUGGAGGACAAACACCCCCACGUCAGGGAGGGGAACCGCUUCCUCGGAUCAGGAGGUUUCAUGGGCUACCUCCCAAACAUCAGAGAGAUGGUUUCUGAUUGGUCAGGAGAAGAUGACGACAGUGACCAGCUAUUCUUUACUAAGAUUUACAUCGAUGCUGCAAAAAGAAAAUCCAUAAACAUCACACUGGACACCAAAUGCAGACUGUUCCAGAACCUUCAUGGAGCCCUCGAUGAAGUGGUGCUGAAGUUUGAGGAUGGACGAGUGCGAGCCAGAAAUGUUCUCUACGACACGCUGCCUGUCAUCAUUCACGGCAAUGGACCAACAAAGCUUCAGAUAAACUACCUAGGGAACUACAUCCCAAACAUCUGGACGUUUGAGACUGGGUGUACGGUGUGUCAUGAGGAUCUCCGCCCACUAACAGCUCUGAAGGAGAGUGAAUACCCGAUGGUUGUGAUCGGCAUCUUCAUUCAGCAGCCCACUCCCUUCGUCACCGUGUUUUUUGAACGCCUCCUGAAGCUCCAGUAUCCCAAAGACAAACUCAAACUCUUCAUCCACAGCCAGGAGGCUCAUCACGCCUCUCAGGUCAGCUCUUUCCUGAAGGAUCAUGGGAGUCUCUAUCAGGAUGUGAGAGUCAUCGGACCUGAAGAGGCGAUCGACGGGGCCGAGUCCAGAAACCUGGGCUUUGAUAUGUGCAGAAAGGACAAAGACUGUGACUAUUUCUUCAGCCUGGACAUCGAAGUCGUCUUAAAGAAUGAAGAAACGCUGAAAAUUCUCAUUGAACAAAACCUUCCCAUCGUGGCCCCGAUGAUCACUCGAGUCGGCCGUCUGUGGAGUAACUUCUGGGGAGCUCUGAGUGCUGAGGGUUACUACGCCCGCUCUGAGGACUACGUCGACAUCGUUCAAGGACGCAGAGUAGGCGUGUGGAACGUCCCGUACGUGUCCAGUGUGUACCUGGUGAAGGCUGACAUCCUGAGAUCAGAACUCACGGACUACGAGCUUUUCACCUCACAAAUCUUAGACCCUGACAUGGCGUAUUGCUUCAACGUCCGUGAAAAGGCAGUCUUCAUGUACGUGACAAACAUGCACACCUUUGGUCGUAUCCUGUCGACAGAAAACUAUCAGACGGGUCAUCUACACAACGACCUGUGGCAGAUCUUUGAGAACCCACUGGACUGGCAGGAGCGCUACAUCCACGAGAACUACACGCUCAUCAUGAAAGACAAACUGAUAGAAACUCCGUGUCCUGAUGUCUACUGGUUCCCCAUUUUCACUGACGUGGCCUGUAACCACCUUGUUGAAGAAAUGGAGCAUUUUGGGAAAUGGUCCGGAGGAGGGAAUGUGGAUACCAGAAUCCAGGGUGGCUAUGAGAACGUCCCGACGAUCGACAUCCACAUGAAUCAGAUCAACUUUGAGAAGGAAUGGCACAAGUUCUUACUGGAGUUCAUCGCUCCGGUGACGGAGAAAAUGUACCCCGGUUAUUACACGAAGUGCUCGUCUCCUCUGACCUUCGUGGUGAGGUACAAACCCGACGAGCAGCCGCUGCUCACGCCUCACCACGACGCCUCCACAUUCACUGUUAACAUUGCUCUCAACAGCAAAGACGUUGACUACCAGGGAGGUGGAUGCAGGUUCCUCCGUUACGACUGCUCCGUCCAGGCUCCUCGUAAAGGCUGGGCCCUCAUGCACCCGGGCCGACUCACCCACUACCAUGAAGGCCUGCCGACCACUGCUGGCGUCCGCUACAUCGCAGUGUCCUUCGUGGAUCCAUGAACACCCAGAGAUGACACACAGACCACCGACAAAACCAGACUGAACAGGAUCUACAGACUCACAGUGCCUCUGAUCUGCAGUGAUCAUGCGGCGGCCAUUUCUCUUUUUAUUUCAUUAUUUUGAUGUAGCGUUUAAGGAGCUGAGGUUUAUAGAAAAGGGACAAGUUAUGAAGCCAAGAGUUAGCAUUUUCACUGUCGUUUACUUUAUCUGGAGCCAGUUUGAUAAUCUGAUGCUUGAUCCAGACCAGUAUUACUCAACCCUGCUCAACCAAAGAGCCAAAUUGUUGAAAAAUACAUUUGCAAGAGGCACAAUCUAGGUGAUGAAAAGUGGCAAUUAAAAUAAGUUAAAGGGUGCAAAAUGGUCAAAAAGCAGCAAUCACUGGAAGAAAAGUGACAAAAAUGGGUGGGAAGUGACCGAAACAUGAGUUAAAGGUGACAAAAAUCGGUGGGAAGUGACCGAAACAUGAGUUAAAGGUGGCAAAAAUGGGUGGGAAGUGACCAAAACAUGAGUUAAAGGUGGCAAAAAUGGUCCAAAAGCAGCAAAAGCGUGGCAAAAAUGAGUGAAAACUGACUAAAAUGGGC